UGCCUUGGUUGGGGCUUUUGUAGGCUCUCCUUGUGCCAUCUUGUAGAGGCUGCUGUGUAAGCCUUGUUGCCAGAGCUCUUGCUUGCUUUCUUUUAGUGCUUUUCUACGAAAUAAAAGUAGUCAGAGGGCCUGUUGGAAGGUGCUUAGUGUUGUGUGGGAGCUGUAGCGUUCAUGAGUGGUUAUACAGAACUAAUGGACUAACUCGGCGCCUCACUUGUGCUGAGGUGGUUAUUAAAAGCACCUCACCUUUGCUGAGGUGGUUAUUAAAAGUGUACUUGCUUCUUUCUGUUGUUUCAGUGCCUAUAGUUUGGCUUUGAGUCCUGGAUAACCUACAAAAUAAAAGGACUGAUAAGUACAAGCCGAAAGAUACCAUCUUUAUGAUGUCUUUGAGGCAAGAUUUAGAGCAGUGUGACUGCUUGCAUAAGGCUGACCCUUGGGGCGUGAUCUGUAUAUCGUGAAGUUUCAAGUAGGCCAAGUGAUACCUUUAAAAAUGAAGGGUAAAGUACCCUUAAUACGAGAAUUUUAUAUUCUCUUCGCUGCUUUUGCAUUUCUUUGCUCUGCUGAGUGUGGUUUUUGGUUUAUUUUGGAGCACCACAAGGUGGUGCUUGCAAUGGGGUAACAAAUGAAGUGGCGAUGUGAAAGUAAUAAUUACACGCAGACCAUUGCUGCGUUAAUGCUGCCAAAGAAUAGACUCAGUACCACAUUGAUGUUUCUUUCAGGUGCCUGAUAUUUGGCUCACAAUAGUGAGAUACUUUACUAGGGGAAGGCAAAUUCAUCCUGCCAUGCUCAAGGGGAAUGGCAGCCUUAAUUGUGUGCAAAGGGAACACUAGGUUAUUACUUUAAAACCACAUUAAUGUAUUUAGAAGCAUAGCUGAGUGCGAGCUCCCCAAUCUAAAACAGUAGUUUUCCUUAAGCUUCUCAGAAAAGGAACUGCUUCAUCACUGUUGUGUGUGGGAGUCUGAGCUGGUCUGAGGCCAGCAAAGGUCACCUUCAGAGUUCCUGGGAAGAAAUAACAACAACAGAAUCGUCAGCUGGCAAUAUAUAAAUGAUGAGAGGAACAGGGAAUCUUAGGCACAGAAGUCUGUUCUGGAAGCUAAAUAAGGUGUGAAUGUGGAGUUCUAGGGCAGAUUAGAAUUUCUCAUUGAAGAGACUUAUAAAUAAAGUACCUGUAAAAAUGUACCUCAGGUUCUGCUGGGGUGCUGGUACUCAGCCUGCCUUCAGAUCUACUUGACUGGGAGGAAUAAAGAGUGGGGUACAGAGAUUGCAAAGAAAAAAAAUCUCUAAGUUAUGAGGAAACGAAGAAUGUGGGAAUGAGUGAAACUAAAUGAUGGCAGACAGAAAGUAACAGCACCAGAAUAAAGCAAAACAAACAGUAAUGCAGAACCAUAAGCUUUACUUUAAUAGGGAAAUAGGAGAAAAAGGCAUUGGUGAUAGGAACCUGAGCCUUAACACAGCGAGAGAUGAUACAGCAUGAAGUGAUCCAGCCCUGGCCAGGAAGACCCCACCUCUUCUCUCUGCUAGAUGUCGCGGGAUGUAUUUUGCAUGGAGCAUUUGCCUGCUAACCCAGGGUGAGGGCUGCCACCUAAUUAAAUAAUCUUCUGUCCUGACCCUUCAAAGGCUAUAAGCAGCUUUUCCCAGCAAAGCAGCUGUCAGGCGUGGGGCCCUACAGAACUGUUUGGAGCUCCUACACGUUUCCAAAACGAGAACUGCCAAAGAGCUUGUCAUCCUUGUGAGAGAAAGCUCCCUCGUGUGGAUGAGAAGAACCGCUGCAGUGAUGAGCUGCAAUGCUGGGGCCUCGCACUAGUGUGUAUCCCAAAGUAUAUGUAUUUCAAGAAUAUCAAGUGAUUUUGGGGAUCUUUCUUUGGUUUGGAUUCCUUGGCUCAAAGCUAUCUGAUUUAUCAAGUACAGCUGCACACCUCUACCUCUCGACACUAAAUGUUUUUCAUGAUGUUGGAAGGAGACCCUGAGGUCCUGUCCUGAGUUGCUUUGAAUGUAUUGAAGCUACAUAUCUGAACAGGAGUGCUGGUCUUCAGUUUUGCUAUGGACUUAUCUAGCUAUGAGCUCCCUCGAUCCUGAUCUAUAGACUGACCACCUGGCUUGACUUCAGCCUGCUCCUGUGGAGGUGCUGUGGGUUGUGUCAUGCAUCAUCCUCACUGAGACAGCAGAGGGCGCAGCAUCAUUAAUCAAGCAAAGGCUUCCCUGCUUACUGCCAAACCCUACCUGCUUGUGCCUCAGGAAUCAGGCUUCAAAGGUGGGAUGAAGCAACAGAACUAGCAAGUUAGAAACUUGUAGAGGUCCUUUUUGUAAGCAUGAAGCCAUACAAUACAUGACCUUCCACUGUUUUGCCACAGAUAAUGUAUUUCUGGAGUGCUCUUUCUUCAUUGGGAUUAGGCUUUAAAGUGCUCAUUUAAUUUCCGAGGACACUGUCAUCAAGGCUGGCGGUGCUUGAUAGAGUUGAGCAUUUUGUUGUGCUGUUGCCUGUUCUAUCAGAGGCAACCUAUAAAUACACUCGAGCUUCUAUGUUUCCCUAUCUCUCGCUCUGCAAGAGGAAAUGGGCUUGUUUUCAUGUGAUUAGCAGGCAGAGGAACUUGUGAAAGUGACACAGCUGUACUGUAAAAAGAAAGCCCCACCCCACAGAGUUUGUUACCAAAGGAGCUUAACUGCUGGCUCUGAUAGACCUGAGAGCAGGACUGCCUGCAACAUGGAGCGAGAGCCGAUGCGCAUAAGGGAGGGCUACUUGGUUAAGAAGGGUAGCAUGUUUAAUACUUGGAAGCCGAUGUGGGUUGUUCUCUUAGAAGAUGGAAUUGAAUUCUACAAGAGGAAGUCUGACAGCAGCCCCAAAGGGAUGAUUCCACUAAGAGGAAGCACCAUCAACAGCCCAUGCCAAGAUUUUGGCAAAAGAAUGUUUGUCUUCAAGCUCACUGUGGCCAAGCAACAGGACCACUUUUUUCAAGCCUCUUACCUGGAAGAAAGAGAUGCUUGGGUAAGGGAUAUCAGAAAGGCAAUUCAGUGCAUAGAUGGAGGUCAAAGAUUUGCCAGGAAAUCCACAAGAAAAUCCAUCAGACUGCCUGAAACAAUCAACUUGAGUGCUUUGUACCUCUCGAUGAAAGAUCCUGAAAAGGGAAUAAAGGAAUUGAAGCUGGAAAAAGAUAAAAAAGUGUUCAAUCACUGCUUUACAGGCACUGCUGUAAUUGACUGGCUGGUGUCUAGCAACUCCAUCCGAAAUCGCAAAGAAGGCCUCAUGCUUGCCUCCUCUCUCUUGAGUGAAGGCUACCUACAGCCUGCAGGAGAUACAUCCAAGGCUGCAGCUGAGGGACUGUCAGAUACCCCUUUCCUGGAUCUCAGCGAUGCCUAUUACUACUUUCCUGACAGCGGAUUUUUCUGUGAGGGGAAUUCUAGUGAUGAUGAUGUGGUCCUGAAAGAAGAAUUCAGAGGCGUGAUAGUCAAACAAGGAUGUUUACUAAAACAGGGGCAUCGGAGGAAAAACUGGAAGGUGAGGAAGUUUGUUCUGAGAGCUGAUCCUGCAUUCUUACACUACUAUGAUCCUGCUGGAGGAGAAGAUCCUCUAGGAGCAAUCCACUUGAGGGGCUGCGUGGUGACUGCAGUGGAAGAUAUGCCAGACUCCAAGAAGUAUGACGUCGAAAACAACCUGUUUGAAAUAAUCACAGCAAGUGAAAUUCACUAUUACUUGCAAGCAGCUUCAUCUGCAGAGCGUACAGAGUGGAUCAAAGCAAUUCAGGCAGUUGCUAGGACUGGGAAGUGAAGAUGAUCCACCAGCAAGAAGGACAACUGAAACUGAUUGCUCAAAACAAAAUGGGAAUUCUAGCUUUUCACUGAGAUAAAGUAGUGGCAACCAGAAAAGCCUCCUAAGGCUUGUGGGUUUGGGGGCGUGAAGUAAGUUUCACUUCUGUAGUGGGCACUACCACAAAAGAAGUGGAAAGUGUCUUACUAAAUUAUAGCGUAGAAUAUGUUACAUUAGUGUGCGCUUCCUGUAGCAUUCAGUAUACGUUGGGAAGGUUAUAUCUUAUGCCUUUCCCUGCUGCCACUGCUUCACCAUUAACGGGACAGGAUCAUGUUGCUGUCUGUACAUAAGGAAUAGCCACUUAUGCAUCAGUCUCUAUGCGUCUGAGUAUUUUCUAAUAACUCAAAGGAUUCCCAAGGUGAACUUCAUGCUUUCUUCUUUACUAGCCCAUCUUUCUACUGCUGUGUUCAGCUAUCCAAGUAAUGCAGUAGAGCUAAGGAAAGAAACCUUAUUUGGAAAUGUGACCCACACGUUUAUAAUCCUUCAGUGUUAAGGAAGGGAAGAGAGCAGACAACUGUGGUAGCACUAUGCAGAAAGCAUGUACAGAUCAAUGACAGCAGUGUGAGUAUCCAUGCAGGAAAAAUCUUUGCCUGUGUUUUUGCAAACAUGAAGCAAUCUCAGUUUUUCUGUACCCGCUUUAUUUCAACCUUCACUCAAUUUCUCCAAAAGAAUCUGCUCCAGGACUGUUGUUUUACUUCAUUUUGAUCUCCAGUGCAGCUGCUGGAGUGUCAUGUACUUGAAUUAAGUGUCAUGUAUUUGAAUUAAGAAUUAAGAAUCUUUCAGGGAGAGAAGGAUCCAUUCAUUCCUUGAAUCCCCAACUGAGUUGUUGAUUAGAGUCUUUCUUAACCUACAGAAAUAUAUGCGAUGCUUGUCUCUGUGCUUUAAGUCAUAUUAGAGAAGUGUCAUUUGAUGGUGUCAGGUUACCUGAUCAAUCUUUGGUUUUUGUUGUACUAUAUGCCUCAAACUUCCAAGUCUUCAAACAUUGAGCAAGAACUGGAGUUAAACGCGUGAGGUUCUGCGUGUAGCCUGUUCCUGUUGCAUACAGAUGUCUGAGUGCAAGUAAACUUAAAAUAAAUAAAUAAAUUAGCUUCCUUAUCCUUAAGUAAUCUUCUUCAGCACUCUUAUUCAGAUUUCUUGAAACUAAGAAAUAAACAUGGUUCUAAAGCUUA